AUGGCUGGUGGAAUGGGAUUGUAUGGAGGUAGGGAAUCAAGAUGCCUGGUUACGAAGAUUGUUUGAAUUUCUUGCUGGCUAUUGACUCUAGUUGCUAGAAAUGGCAUAUCCAUCGGAAUACUAUUUUAUUUUUAGGUCUAAACCCCUACAUAUACCAAAAUUUAAUGCAAUACGAGCCAACCAGCAUGAUGAUGAGUCCGUAUUCUCUUUACACUGGUUACAACCCACUCGAUUACUACAGUAAUCUAAGCCCAUUCAAUCCAUUCAACGGCCUGAGUCCUCUUCUUGGUCAGAGUUUGAAUCCGAAUGUUUUCAAUUUGAAUCAGAUGGGGAAUGAACUUCAACUUGGACAAAACAAUCUUCUUCAAGCGGUUACCCCAUCUCCGUUUAACUUCCUGCAACCUCAAACAGCUGUGAAUCCGUUGAAUUUUGAUGGGUUAUUUAAGCCCAUUUAUCCGACGCUUCAGCCGCUGAUUAAUCAGGGCUCUACGAACACAAUGUUUGGAGCAAAAAUUAAUAAAAAAAUACCGAGUAAGUAUGCAGUCAAGGUCAAUACGAAAAAAAUUGUAAGGGAAUAAUUGUCAAUAGGUCUUUAUUAAAUUUGACGUUAUUUUAGAGUAAAAAUCACCUUUCACUUUUGCCACGGUUAAUAAUUUCAGCGGUCGACAAAGAUAUCACCGACUUUCGUCGCAAGUCAAAAAGUCUUCAUUGUCAAUUAUUACCACUCGAUCCGCAAUGUUCCAGCGCUUAA